AUGAGGCUUCUAAGUUGGAACUGCCGAGGGCUUGGCAACCCUCGGACAGUUAGAGAUCUUAGCAUGUUGGUUAAGAUCCACAAGCCUAGCAUUUUGUUUCUUAUGGAAACAAAAUUGCAAAAGAAGAACUUAGAUGGUUUGAAACUGAAAUUAGGAUUCAAGUAUUUAUUUUCAGUUGAUAGUGUGGGAAGAAGUGGAGGUAUGGUUCUGUUAUGGGCAGAGGAUGUGCAUAUCAAAAUAAGCACCUACUCACAAAAACAUAUUAAUAUGUGGGUUGUUCAAUCAGAAGUUGAGUGGAUGCUCACUUGUUUUUAUGGAAACCCUAAAACAGAAAAGAGAUAUGAAGGGUGGGGAAUCUUGAGACAUCUAAAUCGUCUUCAGCCUAAAAGAUGGUUAUGUCUAGGUGAUUUUAAUGAAAUUCUAUAUCACAGUGAAAAGUAUGGAGGGGCUCGAAGAGAAGAGAAACAGAUAGCAGAUUUUAGAAGUGUUUUGCAAGAUUGCCAGUUGAAGGAUUUGGGUUGUAUCCAAGGAAAGUAUACAUGGUCUAAUUUAAGAAAGGAUUAUAAUUUCACAAAGGAAAGGCUCGAUAGAGUCACUACCAACUCUGAGUGGUGUGCAGCUUUUGGUGGGGGAGAUGUUAAAGUGUUAGCAUCAUACUCUUCAGAUCAUUGUCCUAUUUUGAUGGCAGUUGGGCAACAGAAUGUUUGGACUGAGAAACCAGCACAACUUUGUAGAUAUGAGGAUAGUUGGUCUCUGUUCUCUGAUUGUGAGGAGGUUAUUACUCAUACUUGGCAUAGAUAUGGCAGAAACAAAGAAGGUCUUUCAAAGAUAAAUACAAAACUUGAAGGAUGUUUACAGAAAAAUAAGAGAAAUAGUAUAACCAAGAUUAUUGAUGAGAAUGGAAGGACAAUUUCAAAUUCAAAGCACAUUGGAGAAGCUUUCACUCAGUAUUUCAAAGAGCUUCUUGCAACCUCAAAUCCCAUAAAUUUGGACAAUUCGAUGCAUCCAGUUAAAAGAAAAGUUAGUCAACAGAUGAAUGAAGCUCUUUUGGCACCUUUUAGAAAAGAGGAAAUUGAGGAUGUUGUAUUCCAGAUGGGACCACACAAAGCACCAGGGCCAAAUGGGGGUAUGGAGCUUGUUUUUAUCAGAAAUACUGGUCUGUGA